AUGUCCUCAAUUACUGAUGAACCCACACUGACCAAUGGACUCUUCUACACUGCCGCUAAACGCCUUCUACACAUUGAUGACCGAACUUCGACUUUCAUUCUUUCUCGAGCCUCGCCCAACCUUCGAAGCGUCCUUGACGGUGUUUCUUUGGGUAACGAGGGUUUUGAUGGUACUCGGCACCCGUCAAAAUUUGAACAGAAAUAUGCCAGGCUGAUGGAUUUGCUGACUUUCCUCACAACUCGUCUCCCGCAGCAAUCAAAUCUACAUGGACUUUCUGUCGAAAUGAAAAACCUCAUGCUCGAGAUCGAACCUUCACCUCUGUGA